UCCAAGAAAUGAAAGUACGUGGUAAUGUUAAUAUAAUACUCAUUAAUCUGUACUACCACAAACGUUGAUCCGUUUCUAUUACGUCUUACAACGAUUACUGAUUAUUUCCGAAAAUUAAAAACAAUUGGAUAUCACAGGCAUCUAGCAGGAAAUCCUAACAUUCCUAAAGACUGAAGAAUGUCUGAGAACAGCCAGCCUCCACCGAAUUACCCACAACCAGGCCAGCAGUACCCACCAGGGCAAUACCCGCCACCAGGUCAAUAUCCGCCUCCUGCAGGCCAAUAUCCGCCUCCUGCAGGCCAAUAUCCGCCACCUCAACAACAACAGCAGCAACAGUCAGUGGUGGUGGUCAACAACAGCGCGCCUGGGACUCAGACGAUUGUAGUGAAACGUGGAGUCAAUCAUUGUUUACACUGCUGUAUCACAUUCUUCUUCUUUCCCUGGAUCAUCGUUUGGAUUAUUCUGUGCAUAACCAAUUAACGGUUAUUGAAGUCAAUUCAUCGAAAGAAUCAACUUUGAAAUUUUGUUUUGUGUGUGAUUUUUUGUUUCUACACACCAGUACAUUUUCGAGAGUAUGUAUUUUGUUCUAGUUACAAACAAAUUAGGAAAUAAUUGUAUUGUAUUUUGAUUUUACACGUUUGGACGAAAACCCUAGUUGGGUUGAUUUUGACUCAAAAUUUUAUUUCGAAUUAUUAUUUUUCUUUUGGGGGCGGAAAACAGACUGUUAUGUCAUAGAUUCAUUAGUGCAUGUUAUCAUAGCUGUACUUAUUCUAAUGAGCUAGUCCUCUGAGUAGCGAUGUAAGUGAUGAACUAUCCAGUGAAGGAUCUCCUCAAGAGUGGCCGUCCUCUAUAGACGAGGCACUAGAUAGAGAUUCAUGGAAUCAACCACUAGUUUGCUGAAUGCCUAUUCGACUUUGCAUUGUGUAGAGAUAAGGCCCUGAUCAUGUAUUGCAAUUUUGUCCUUCAGAUUGGGUUGUUUUGAAGGAUGGAUGCGUUUUCGGUAUUAUGUUUCGUCUUUCUAGACAAUUAUCUAACAGUCAGUGGGAUAGCUACCAGACCAGGAUUAGGUGUGUACAUUUUCAUCUGAAAAAUUAUGUAAUAGCUUAAUAUCAUUAUAUAUGUCCUGUCCUAAUAACAAAGUGUUUUGGGGGUUUUCGUUUGGGUUUGAAAAAAUAAAUUCUUUAAAAAAAUGUUUAAUAGAUGUUAUCUAAAAACUUGCUUUUGCCAACUGUUCUGUUCUUUAUUGCAUUUUUAAUUUUUUUUAUCCAACAUGUAAUAUUGGCCACAAUUGCAUUAAUUCAUUACUGAAAUGCACCUCUCUCACAAUUUCCCGGCGAUGCCCAUGCACGCUAAUGUUGAUUUAUUUAAUGUACUAGUCUAGACAUACAUUUAACUAAUGGUUCAGCUUCUAGUUUAACAUGCUUCAAUUAUUGUGAAACAUUAUUUAUUACACACCAGUGUAAGAUAGUGCUCAUGUCAUAACAAUCACUCAAUAUCUAACUAGUGUAAUAUUGGCGUGACAUGAGCGUGAUGUAGAUCACUUUCUGACCCAAUUCGUAGAAAAAUAACAUGUAGCAGGUCUCGACAUCUGCUUACUUCUGCGUUGCAGCUUGUUUGCAGUUGGUUUGUAAUAAAUAAAAUACUAAACUAGCUUGCCUGUCAUACCAUUUU